AUGUCUCGCUUCUUAGACAGCGUUUCCACCAUCAUCAGCGUCUUUCACAAACAUGCGAAGGAAGAUGGAGACUGCUCCAACCUCAGCCGAAGGAAGAUGAAAGAGUUCCUCCAGAAGGAGUUUGCAGAUGUCAUAGCUAACCCGCAUGACCCUCAGACGAUUGACAAGAUUCUGCAGUUUCUGGAGUGGGAUGGGGAUGGGGAAAUAGAUUUUAAUGAGUUCCUGCUUUUGGUGUUCAGAGUGGCUAAGGCCUGCUACUGCUACCUGCCAAAGGGACCAUGCCUUCUGCAAAAAACAAAGGUGACAACCAGUGGCAAGUCACUCCGAGAGCCUGAAAUUAAGAACAGAGAGAGCCAUCGGCAGCUCCAGGAGGAGGAACAACAAACCUGUGAGAGUAAUCAUCAUACCCCCUGUGAACCUGAGCUGCAACGAGACACCAGGGUCAACGAGCUUGAAACACUAGAGGAAACGGGGAGUCAUCACCAGCAACGUAACACACAAAGCAGAAACGAUGCAAAACGAAACAGAGAGCCGAGGGAACCAAUCCCUCAGGUAUACGAAGAACGAAGCCAAGAGCCAUGUGACCAACGGAAGAGCCAGAGAAGACGUCAGCCACCGGAGCCAGACAGACGAGAAGAUGUACAACUCUGCAAGCACGGCAGCUUGCAAGCACAUGAGCCCGGACUGCAGGCAGAUAAAAGGCAAAAUCAAGAGGGUCCUCAGUCAGAACAAAUGGCAGAUGUGAGAAGUCGCAGCCAGAACCAUGAACCUCAACCACUGCCAAACCGGUGGAGUAGCCAUCAGCCACAUGAGCCAGCACUACCAGGAUAUGAUCAAAAAAACCAGCGGCCACAAGAAGCAGAUAGAGGAAGUCACAAUCAGCCACGUAAACCUGAAUUACUGACAGAAGAGAGAAGCCGCUACCACCUACGUGAGCUGGAACAAAAAGCACUUGAACACAGCAGCCACCAGCCAUGUGAGCCUGAAUGCCUGGACUCCAGACGCCCACAUCAGUCAUACAUACAGGAACCGCUAGAACUUGACCUCAGGUACUAUGAGACCUGUGAGAUAGAAAGAGGUAUCUAUGAACAAGGAAACAACCAGGAAGAUGAGAUUGAAUAUCCAGCAAGUGAGAGAGAUAUCCAUCAAGAGCAGGAGUGUGAAAAACGAGAUGACGCAAGGAAGAAAGAGCCC